CACCUGGCAGCCAUAUUGGAAACACCAUGUUUUGAGAGAGGAGUGUUUUUGGUUCGUUUGGGGGAAUCUGAAGCUUUUUCGUUAGCUUUUUCUAAUAAUUAGCAACAUAAGGAAGAUGUCAGCAAAAAAAGUCAAUGUAGAACUUGUCUUUAAUGAGAUUGCUGAAGAUUUGGACAUGAUACGACAGGGUGAAGGUGAUUGUGAAAGAUACAGACUUUUUUAUAAGUCUUCCUGUGACCGAGAUGACUUAAACUUUAAUGUCCCAAUGGGUUUUUUUACAACGAAUGAACAUGAGGAGACAUUGCAGUUAAUUCUUGAAAGAUACAACAUUACCAAAGCCAGUAAUCUAUUUGACUUUGCAUCUUCGGUGCUUCUACCUGAAGCACUCAUUAGAAUUUAUGGAACUGCCAACAAUUUCAAUUACAAAAAGGCCGAAGCAAAUUUGUUUAUAGAAAAAAGUGGCGAGUCAUCAACAUCGUCAAAAGAGGAGGGCGAGAUUAUUCAAACAUCAUCGAAUGAAGAAAAAGAAGAGGGUGAACUGUCAUCAAGUAGUAGCGAAGAGGAGAUUUGUGACAGUCCAACAAGAACAAGGCACAAAAUGAAAAAUAUUGCUUUUCAUUUUGAGGAAUUUUUAUCUAUUCAAUUUUACAUUGUAUGAAUAAAUUUAACAAACCUUUUUCCAAAAGGAAAGUGACAAUGAGCCUCCCGAAAAAAGAAGAAAAGAACUGGAAUGUGAAACUGAGGAAGAAAUUGACGAAAUGCCUGGGGAUGACGUGUCUUCAAAUGGAGAAGAGAAGGUGCUAUUUUCGGUGUCUUUCCCUGAUUUUGUAUUUUUAGUUGUUACACAUUUAUAUUUGAAGGAAAUAGAAACACUUUCUGAAAGUAUUAUUCUGACAAGAAGAACAAAAAGUGGCAAAGACGAUACAAGCGAUGCCCUCAGUGCAAAGGACAAUUCAAGUAUUUAUCAUCUCAUUUAAAAAAAUACCACAAAAUGUCCAAGCGUCGUGCACAAACGUUGGCCUCAAAGCACAGAGCUUUAAAAGAUAAUCCAAAAUCUGCAAGACAACGAAAAACUAAAUGUCCUGUUAUAAACUGUGAAAAAACUCUAAUUAGACUUGACAAACACCUAAUUAAUUUUCAUCGCUUUCAAAGGGAAAGUGAAGAAUAUAUUCGGUAUGACAAAAAAUUCUUGUUAAAUGAGCAUUCUCUAUCUAACCAGUGGUGAUGUCAUUACGUAUUCCACUAUUUUGUAGUUACAACAGAGAAGCCAUUGCUGCAA